CACACACACAGCACAGCAAGACGGACAGAGGACUUAAGGACGAAGCAAAGAGGAACCUAUGAGAGAACAUACACAAAGAAAUAAGAAAGAAAUUUAAAGAAAGAGUAAAGAGAGCCACUGAGAGAACCAAAGAAGGGAAGAACAGCAGGAAUCACAUAGGAGAAAGAGGUGCUGUGUGCUGUGUUGAAGUGAAACUUCAAAAGAAAUCCCAGACUAUUUCCACACAUUGAUCUAAAGUCAUCAGCCCAUUGAGUGCUCAAGACUCCGAAAAGGCUGUUCUGUUUUUUGUGAAGUCAGUCAAUGGCUCCGAAGAAGAAGGCAUCCCGUCAGAAGAAACCUGCAGUGGAAACCAUUUCCCAGGUCGCCAUGGAAACCGCCUCCUCCGAGCUGAAGGUGGAGAGCCGCGGUGACGGCGUGGUGGUUGUGGAGAGUGGGGUGAAGAAGAUCGAGCAGAUGGCUGCGCUGGACAUCGCCCAGCUGAACAGCCUGAACCUUCCCCUGCCUCCGCCUGUCAUCAAGCCUGGGGAGCGAGGCCUGGGCCUGGGCAGCGAGCUCACACGACCCCUGCACGGCAACGCACUGCUGGAGGAGCUCAGCAAGAUGCGCCAGGAAAAAUUCCUGACUGAUUUGGAGCUGGCCUGUAAGACAAAGGCCUUUGACGUCCACAAACUGGUCAUCUCCUCAGUCAGUCAGUACUUCAGAGAGAUCCUGGCCAAAGAUCCUGGCAUGAAGCGCCUGGAGCUCCCUUCUCUGUCUCCUCUGGGCCUGGCCAAUGUCAUUACCUUUGCCUAUCUGGGACGUGUCCACAUGUCCCUCUACACCAUCGGCUGCACCGUCUCCGCUGCCGCCACCCUGCAGAUCCCACAGCUCCUCAAGAUGUGCGUGGACUUCCUGCUGGCCGAGCUGAACGUGCACACCUGUGUAUACGUCUGGAAUAUCGCGGCCGCCUAUGGCCUGCUGCCCGUGUGUGACGCGGCUCGCCGUUUCGUCCUGGAGAACUUCGUGCAAUUCGCCGAGACGCCGCUGUUCACCCAACUGACGCUGGAGCAGAUUUCAGCCUUCCUGCAGGACGACUCACUGAUGUUGCCUUCAGAGGUCACUGCCUUCCAGCUCGCCAUGAAGUGGCUUGACUUCGAGCCGUCUCGUCAGGCUCAGGCCGCUGAGCUUCUGUCCCACGUUCGCUUUGAGACCAUCCCUGCCACUGAGCUGGUGAGCCAGAUCCAACCAGUCCCUCGCAUGAUGCUGGAUCCACAAUGCCACCGCCUCCUAGUGGACGCCAUGAACUACCACCUGCUGCCGUACCAGCAGAACACCCUGCAGUCCCGCCGGACUCAGGUCCGAGCCGGGCAGCAGACUCUCCUCACCAUCGGAGGCCGUCCGUCCCUCACCGAGAGGGCUCUGAGCCGGGAGGUGCUGUGGAGGGACCCUCGUGAUGGAGGGGCCUCCUGGCGCCACCUGACCCAGCUGCCCGCCAAGAGCUUCAACCAGUGCGUGGCUGUGAUGGACGGGUUCCUCUAUGUGGCAGGAGGAGAGGAUCAGAACGACGCGCGAAACCAAGCCAAACAUGCUGUGAGCACCCUGAGCAGAUAUGACCCUCGCUUCAACACCUGGCUCCAUCUGGCCAGUAUGCGUCAGCGCCGCACUCACUUCUCGCUGGCCGCCAGCGGCGGCCGCCUGUUUGCCAUUGGUGGGCGUAAUGUGGAGGGUCUGCUGGCCACCACUGAGAGCUACCUGCCCUCCUCCAACACCUGGCAGAUGCGCGCGCCCAUGGAAGUGCCUCGCUGCUGCCACUCCAGCGCCACCCUGCCCUCCGGGGACAUCCUGGUGACCGGUGGCUACAUCAACUGCGCCUACUCCCGCUCGGUGGCCUGCUACAGCGUGGAGACCGACACCUGGACCGAGAAAGCCCCCAUGGACACCCCUCGCGGCUGGCACUGCUCCGCCACCCUCGGAGACAAGGUGUACGUGGUGGGAGGAAGCCAGCUGGGGCCCGGUGGCGAGCGGGUCGACGUGCUCUCUGUGGAGGUCUUCUCCCCCGAUAGCGGGGCGUGGAGCCGAGCCGCCUCACUCCCCCUCGGGGUGAGCACUGCCGGCCUGUCCCCGCUGGCUGAAAAGCUCUACCUGCUGGGCGGCUGGAACGAGGCGGAAAAGCGCUACAAGGCGGCGGUGCAGAAGUACGACCCGGCUACUGACAGCUGGUCCCAGGCCGAGGAUCUGCCCGAGCCCACGGUGGGAGUGUCCUGUUGCACCUUGACCCUGCCACCCCGACACGCUCCGCGCCGGCAGCAGCACCGCAACACCCCGGGCAACGAGGAGCAGCAAGGCGGGAAGAACCGGAGCAGAGAGAGCAGCACGGCUCCGACACAAGCCACCACGGCAUAAACCAGGAGAGGAGAAGCCAGGAGAGAGGACAGACGGGUCAACCUCAGCACAACAUCUGGAUCAUGUCUAAUAUUUUUUUCUGUUUGUGUUUAUGUGGAAAAUGUAACUAUAAACUUUAGUAUUCUUAUGACACAUAUAAAAAACUGAGGUAAAUACCUGAAAUUAAAUUAAGAUACAACCAAAGUUUUGCCAGAAAACAAACAAAUAUAAAAAUCUAUUAGAAUGUUCUGUCAGAGAGGUAAUGAGGGAGUGAGGCUGCUGAGCAGAAACACUUCCUGUGAAUGUUUUUAACUUGGAUAAACUGCGUUUCUCCCGAAGGGAGAAUAUAUUUGUAAUUCAGGAAUUUAACCCUACCCUUGAAAAAAUUCAAUCUGAUAGUUCCUACAAACACAUUUCCAGUAAAUACCAGUCUUUACUAUUACAAUUCAAACAGAAAAAAAAAAGUUUCAGGUUUAUUAAGACAGUGAGCAACAGAGCCACAAAACCAAACCCAUCACUGCUGGUCUUGCGUUGAAGAAAAGAGAACUUGCAUGGUCCAAAGUGGUGGUUUCAGGCUGAGAGAAAACAAAUAGAGGCUAAAGGUGGAGGAAAAGAAGAAAGGAAACAGGGUGCAGCUGAAGUCAACAGGUGGAUGAUGAAGGAUAGGAAGAUGGGAACACGGAUAGCGAUCAGAGUCGGAGGUGGUGUAUAGUCACUGUGAGUCUACUGGGAGUUCAUGUACAAAGAGCAGAGUGUGUGGAUGUAACAAAACAAAUAAAAAAAGCGUGAAUGUGAGCGCGUGAAUGACCGCAGAAGCGCGUGCUGGAUCAACCUGGUUCGACAUCGAAUAAUUUGUAACCUUGCUGCCUAAAAAGAAAUGUGAUUUCAUCCUGGAUUCCCCUCAGUCAAAUAAAGAAGAUAUGUUAAAAUAUCUUAAUCUCAAUCCGCAAUUGCAACUGAAAAAUGGAAUUAUAUUUUAACUGUUUUUAGUUAUCAAUAGAAGCUGCAUUUUGUAACCAUCUCGUUGAAUGAAGUUCUUUUCAGGCAGUCCGGUUACUUGCUUAAGGUUUUUUUUUUUUUUUUUAAUUCAUUACCUGGACUCAGGAAAACUUCAAAUCCACAUUGCUUUGAAGCUGACUGAUUUACUUGUGAAUGAUAAAUUCUUUUUUAACAAGACAAAGAAAUUUAUUCAAACUUGUUAUUAGGAAACUUGUGAUAUCUCUCAUUAAAUAAAUAAUGCAGUUUUGUGGGGAUAGGUAUGUGAGUAGAGUAGCUUAAAUGUAGAAAAAUAAACAAAAAAAUGCGCUUCAAAAUAAACAUUUCGUAAAGGUAACAGCAAGGAGAGAAUAAAUGAAUGUACACACAUUGGGUUCAACGGUGUACAGAUUACCUGAACAUGCAAUAAAAAUAAACAAAAAAAAAAAAAGGAAAAACUAAAAUUCUAGAAAUAAAGAAGGUAAAAUAAGCUGCUGCAGCUUUUUCGUCCAACUAGAG